AUGGCGAGGCAAGCAUCGCUCUCGCCGGCGAGAGCGAGAGCGCACAAGUUCAUGGUCAUCAUGAGCCUGACCACGGUCUUCCUGUUCUCCGGGACAGUCUUCGGAUGGGGUGCCUUCUCCGAGAUGAUUCAAGCUGAAGGCUACUACGACUAUCUUUGCACACAUCCGGAUCCGGCGAAACCAUGCACUAAGCAGCUGCAGGCGCUCAACAAUGCCUUCACCCUCGCAACGACGGCAGUGUCCCUUGUGGCCUACUUGAACGGUUGGCUUGUGGAUUCCCUUGGCCCGACAAAGGUCACCAUCAUUGCAGGAAUCCUGGCCUCCGUGGGACUCAUGGGCAUCGCCCUAACGAAGACAGGCAGCUGGUCGAAACAGGAGGCAGAGGGUGGUUUCGACAUCUUCCUUUGGUCAACGGUGCUUACAGCCGUCGGCGGGUCCAUGACAAUGUUUAUCGGCUAUCAAGCGCCAUUCAUCGUUCCUUCAAGCUUCACGCUCUUGAUUGAAGUGAACAGCUGCCUCUUCGAUGCCGGCACCAUCAUCUUCCCACUGCUCAAAGUGUUGUACGACUUGGGUGUACCUUUCAGCGCAUUCUUUUGGGCAUACACGGUGCUGGGAUUCAUCUGCUAUUCGCUCUUCUCAAUCUCCUGGGGCAUGAACCAGAAGGAGCUUGACGAAAUCCGCGCUGCUGCAGGUGGCGACGAACAUGAAGGGCCCGAGCACAAUCGCCCUCUGGAACAGCGAAGCUUUAUGUCCCAGCUGAGGAGCUUCGAGUUCGUCUCGAUUUUCAUCUACAGCAUCAUCAUGGUCCCCCGGGCCAACAUGUACAUGGGCACUUUCUCCAUGAUCAAUCGAAAAAUCGCGGAGGGCGAAGGCACAAUGUCCAGCCUCAACCUUGUGAACACCAUUACAGGCUUCGUGAUUCCAUUCGGUUUCGUUGCUGUGCCGCUGAUCGAGCUGUGCAUGCACAGGCUCGGCACGUUGUGGACAGUGCAGCUGACAACUCUGAUUGGUGUCGUCUACAAUCUUCUGCAGCUGGUGCCCAGCCUUCACCUACAGCUGGUGUCGGUGGUGAUCUUCGCGGCUUGGAGAGCCUUCCUCUACAGCACCAUCAGUGCUUUCAACGGAGAGAUCUUCGGGGUGAAGACCAUGGGCCGAAUCAUGGGACUCUGCUUUGUCUUCUCCGGGCUCACGAACAUGGCCACCGGGCCGCUGGUAAAUGCGGCAGUGGACUCUGGGGACUUCACACGCCUGCUGAUCGAGGACCUGGUAAUUACCAUCCCCUUGCCCAUCCUCUUCUACGUCCUCCAGAGGCGCCGCCAGGGAGGCGGGGCACGAGAGCCUCUUGCACCAGAGACACCA